GUGCUGUUGCUGUCGAAGCGGUACUCCUCGUCGCAAAACAUAAGUAUGGUGUACAACUUGGUCUUCACCGUGAGUUGACCAAGAUCUCCACGGCGCUAUAUAUGCUUAUGGAUCUAGCCUUGACUCUUGACGACCUUACCGUCCGCUCACUUAGCGUCGUUGGCGCAAGCGUUUUCAUGGCAUUUACAUAUGCCACGCUUCCGGCAACUCUUGGAUGGGGUACCUGGUUUCUACUGAGCGUCUGGACCCUUAUUUUUUACGUGAGCUCUUGGGGGUUUGCUGGAGUAGUCGCGUUCACGAGUGGGCUUGCAUAUCUUAUGGGCGCCUGGCUUAGCAAGGGUCGUAAAGUGCAAAUCAUGAUUCGACCUACCAGAAGAAGAUCAACAUGAGCGUCAGCUGCACAACAUUCCCUUUGUAUUAACAAGCUCAAAUUCAGAGCCAUGUUCAAACUUUAAGUGCUUCGUUAGGAGGCAAGCGGUGCGAUAAGAG